GUGGUUAGGAAUAAUGCCAUGUUUCGACUCAAUGAUGGUUACUUUAUGGAGAUAGAUUGUCCAGAAUUGUUGCGGAGGAAGCGGUGCAACAUACUUAACUGUCUUUUCAACCAUGAGAUAGGAUCAGCCAAGCUGAAGAAGAGACUGUUGUCCGCGGAUGAGGAUAAGAAAAAUGAUGAGGAUAGAAAGAAGAAAGAUGAGGUGAAAACCACGUCUGGAGUUGAUAUAUCCAUGAUCAUACCCAAGUCAGUAUCCCAUUUGCAAGUGGCUCGAUCAGAUCGUACGGUUAACACUCGGAAGAUAUCUAAUUACUUGCGGGAGUCGGGAAACAAGUUCCCCAACAAAUCAGCCGUUGUUAAAGAGUACGAUCUCGCGUCUAGCAGUCAAUCACCCGAGGAGUACCAAAAGAGGGUGGUUGAAUAUUUGGAAGCCUCCAAAGAACCAGAAAAAGACCCAAAGUAUAUUCUUCCUCGAGAGGUGAUCCCCACGCCGCCGGCCACGCUUCCCACCAGGAAACAAUAUAUUCAAACGAUUGUGAAUACUUUGAAAAAAGUGGAUCCUAAUUUGAAAACGCCUAUACUUCGAGCAAUUGAUGAAGAGUUUAAAAUCGCGUCCUCCACCACAUCAACCACGUAUGUUCAAGUUCUUAAGAAGCGUGUAUACCAAUUGGCCCAUCCAGAUAAAUUCAAAGAGACUAAGAGGGGCCCCGAUAAGUCAGACUACUUGAAAGCGCUCAAGGAAUUAGCGAUUCUGAAAGAAAAGCUCAAACUUUACGGAUACAUUGUGGAUAUUCCACCAGUUCAGCAACCAAAAGAGGACCGUGUUUGCAGAAGAUGUAAUAACGAGUUCAAACUCGGCGCUAUUUUGGAUCCGAUAGAAUGCCAUCAUCACCCAGGGAAAAUGAUCCGGAAGGAUAAGAAUACCAAAGUGUACGAAUGCUGCGGAGGUAUAGUGGGAGGAGAGACCGAUGCUUGUCUGAUAGCGAAAACCCAUGUUUUCUACUGGUCCAAUCCAGGAGAAAUGCACUGGGCCAUACCUUUCCAGAAAACCAGUGAGACCUUCAAACCAAAUAAAGAUUCUUUUGAAGCCUUGGGUAUCGACUGUGAAAUGGGUUAUACUACAAAAGGUUUCGAGUUACUCAGAAUCACCGCACUAGAUUUCUUCAGCGGUGAAGAAGUCCUCGAUGUUCUCGUUAGACCCAAGGGAGAAGUGCUUGAUUUAAAUACCAAAUGGUCGGGAAUCGCAGAAAUUAAAGACGAGGCUCUUUCUUUUGAAGACCUGAUCAACUUACUACAAAGUGUCAUGGACCCCAACACAAUUCUCAUAGGCCAUGGUCUAGAAAAUGAUUUGAACACAAUGAGAAUCAUUCACGAUAAGAUUGUAGACACCGCAAUCUUGUAUCCAAAACAUAAAACAACCCCAACCUUCCGUUAUCCUCUCAAGUACUUGACAUUCACUUACUUGGGCAGAACCAUUCAAACCGGCGAGCACGACAGUAGCGAGGACUCUCUUGCUGCCAUCGACGUGGUAAAGUAUUUCGUCAACCAAGACUUGAAAAAGUGA